AUGGAGACUAUAAGUAUAUCCUUCAUUCCAUUGAUCAUUGGUCAUUGGUCGAGAUUUAAUUUUCUUGCUGCCCUGGAGAGAAAGGAAAGCGCUCCAAUCACUGUUGAGUUGGAAAAAAUAUUUUCAUUGUUCGGACCACCAAAGAUCUUUCAUUCCGAUAACGGUUCAGAAUUUGUAAAUAAAUCAGUAGAUCAUCUUAUCGAAGCUUGGCCAGGGGAGAUUCAGGUGGUUCGUGGUCGUCCUCGCCAUCCACAGAGUCAAGGCAUGAUAGAACAGGCUCAUAUCAAUGUGGAGCAUAAAGUAUCAGUCAUGAUAGCUGAGUGUGCCAGUGAAACUAAACCUUGGAGCUCGUGGUUGCCACAAAUAUGUUGUAGGUUGAUAACAAUAGUUCCGAAAUGCAGAUCGAAUUGUCGUUACUUAUUUUUCAUUUUUUCAAUAGAUGCCAUCAACACACAACAACACAGCGCUACAGGAUUUACUCCCUACGAGCUGGUAUUUGGACAGCCACCAUCAACCACAAUCAUACCGACUGUUUCAAAACAGUCGAAGGUUAUCACUGAUUCGAACUUUGAUAACGAUGAAGACAUCGACUUUUUCUCCAUACCUGUUAAAGAACAAAUGAAUUACAAACGUCAUGCUGAACAGCCACACGAUGGCGAAGAGAAUACGAAUUCGAAGAACGUCACAAAUGAAGCACAUGUUAUUGAAGACGAUUGCGAAACUUGUUGUAAGUACUGACACGUUUUUAAAAAA